AUGGCCGAGCAGCCGCCGGCGCAGCCCAGACUCACACCGCAGUUCUGCCUUUCAACAACUGUGUUGCGUGAUUUCCUGCGCCUGUCCCGAGGUGCGCUGGACGACUCCAUCACCCAGAGCCUCAACGCCCUCGUGACGCCCGCCGCCCGCGGCUUCGACCCCGCCUCCACCUCCCAGCGGGCCUCGAGACCACAGACCCGCGGGCACAUUGCACCCCGCUCGUGCCAGAACUUCAAGGACCAGGUUCUAUUUCCCACGUGGCAGGCCCGCACCGACGUCCUGAGCUACUGCGCGCUGGUGGCCACCAGCCCGGAUCCUGACGAUCCUGACGCCACAGUGGGGGAGGCAGAGCAGGAGAAGGACAGGGAGAGGCUUGUCGACGAGAGGCUUGACCCCUACUCGGCGCGCCACUUCCCUCGAGAGCCAAGGACAACUCAGCUGGCUUUGCUGUUGCGCCAGGAGCAGGGCGUGGAAAACAUAGUCAGGUCCAGGACAUGGGGCCUCGUUCGGGAGAGGUGCGGCGAACCGGCCGACAGCUGGGAGAAGGCCAUGGCGGAAUGGAGAGCCAGGAACGGCAACGGCGCAUGA